UUUAGAACACAUGACAAAUCCUCCAUUAGUCCUGAUAUCAGCACAUACUGAAAAGAUUUGCAGGAUGUCCUCUUUUGGGUGUCAGCUCUUCGGUGUCGUCUUGCCACUCUCGCUCACGGUGACAUGGACUUCUGCAAUGUUUCUACAACAGAGAGAUGCAGUCCAGGUUCUGAGGGCCCGUCAGCCAAGAGCCAACUUCUUCCUGGAGGAGAUGUUGCCAGGCAACCUGGAGCGGGAGUGCUACGAGGAGACCUGCUCCCAGGAGGAAGCCUCUGAGAUCUUUCAAACCAAGGAGAAGACGAUGGAAUUUUGGUACCGAUACAAAAAUCUGAACUUAUGUGAAAGGAACCCGUGCCUGAAUGGAGGGAUGUGUUCUGUUGACCGCAGUGACUUUGUGUGCCUCUGCCCUCCGCGCUACAUGGGAAAGAUGUGUGAGAUAGAGGUUUUCGAAUGCCAGUACAGAAAUGGGGGCUGUCUGCAGUACUGCACCAACAAAGACCGCACAGUCCGUGUGGAGUGCAGCUGUGCAAAAGGGUACCGUCUGCAGGAGGACGACAGGAGCUGUGAAGCAGCAGUGCCAUAUCCCUGCGGGAGAAAAUGGCAGGGAAUUAGUACCUAUCGGUCAGUUCUGGACGAUCUCCUGCCGUUGAAUGAGAGCAAACUCCAUCUGCCGGACAUCUCUGCUGACCCAAAAACGCUCUCCUCCCACACCCCAAGUAACCAUACCAGUGGUGGAGGUAACUCCACUGAAGACAUGCUGUUCGAGACCCUAGAUGAAGAUAAUGUGGACACCCGCAUUUUGGGAGGCCAACUGGAGAAACAGGGUGGAAGUCCAUGGCAGGUUCUCAUUCACAGAGAAAAUGGCUAUGGGUUCUGUGGUGGAGCUCUGAUCUCAUCACGUUGGAUUGUUAGUGCAGCCCAUUGCUUUGACGACACCCCUCAUCACGUGACCAUUGGGGACUUGGACAAGAUGCUACCAGACAGGGGUGAGCAGACCAUCCGGGUGGAGUUGCUAGUGAAGCACCCUCACUUCCAUGAAUAUACGUAUGACAGCGACAUAGCUCUGCUUUAUCUGGCCCAACCAGUGCAGCUGGGGCCCUACGCCACACCCAUCUGCCUCCCCAAUGCACACCUUGCACAGAUGCUCCUGAGGGACAGCCGCAUGGGCACUGUUACCGGCUGGGGCGUCACCAAGUACUUGGGUACCUCCUCUCGCUUCCUGCGCAAGGUUGAUCUCCCUGCUGUGGAUCAGAAGAAGUGCAUUCAGUCCACUGACAAAGUGAUCACGGACAAUAUGUUUUGUGCAGGCUACCUGGAGGAACAAAUGGAUGCUUGCAGUGGGGACAGUGGAGGGCCUUUUGUGAGCUACUACAGGGACACUUGGUAUCUUACUGGCGUGGUGAGCUGGGGAGAGGGGUGUGGUACCAAGGGCAAGUAUGGUGUUUAUACAAGGCUGGAGAACUUUCUCAGUUGGAUUGAAGAGACAGUAUUAGGGCAUGAAGAGAACAUUACCCACGUGUGAGCACUAGUUGGAACUCUGAGUAAGUUCUUGCCAUAAUGAUUUUGUACAAGGUCUAUGUUCUCUGUUCAAACUUACAUUUAUUCAUUUAGCUGACACUUUUUUCUCAAAAGUGACUUACAAUGUUAAGGUA